GACAAACAAGCAAUCCAUAAGUGUGAGGGCCGGCGGAUUUGUAAUGGUCUAUAACAUUUUUAACAGGGAUUUUUGAAGGUAAGUUGAUUUUUGCUAAUGUGUUAUGCUUAAAGUAAAGACUGUCCAUCAUUUGAUCAAAGAAUUACGCAUUUUUCUUCUCGAAGCCUGAACAGUGAGCAGUGCCGUGAAGAAAAUUGACAGCAUGGCUCCUCAAAAGGGAAAAGUUGGCACCAAGGGCCAGAAGCAAAUCAUGGAGGAAAAUGCCCAAACACUCAACUUCUAUAGGAUUAUGAUCCUGGGCUCCAAUGGGCUAUUCCUCAUACUCAAUGGGUUCAUCUUCUCAGAGUUUGCCACUUUUGAAAUAGUGGCAUUUGUGCUGGUUGCUCUGGUUCACAUUGGCUGCUACCAGUUCCUCUCAUACAUGGCCAAACCCAAGUACACCAUGUCAGGCCAGCUAGCUGAUGGAGGCCUGGAUCUCAACAUUGAGUCAGGAGUGGCAGAACACGUGAAGGACCUGAUCAUAGUCACGUCAGGAUGCCAGACUCUAGGGCUGGUGUCACGGUACUUCUGGAUCCUGUGGGCGUUCGUGCCUGUGCGAGCCUUCCAGCUGCUUUGGAAGAACGUGUUGGGUCCGUAUUUCUUCGCGCCUGCGCCGGAGGAACCUGAGGUGGAUGAGAAAAAGCAGCGAAAAAUGGCGAGAAAAAUGCGCUACGCAGCGCAAUGAAGUGUGCCAAGCUAGGCCAAAAUUUGACACUGUUUAUUGCUUUGGUGACGGAAAUACAUGGCAGCAGUGGAAAGCUGGUUCUGGAACAUGCGAUUAGCGCUGUUGUGGAAUUAUUGACGAUUAAUGGAAGCUGCGGGGUGGUCAGUACAAAGCAAUGUGCUGUUUGUGAUUGUGCAUAGCACUAUGUUCCGAUUCUAGUGUAUUUGAUUGGACGAAAGUCCACGGAUUGGGUUUGGGUUCUCUGCUGAUUUAUUUAUGUGUGCAGGUGACGUAGGCUUCUGGUGUGUAUGCUUAGAACUUAUGUUUUGUUACGGAUAUGUAAGGCCCGUCAUAUUCUCCGAUCGCCAAAUUCAUACUACGAUACGGCCGAUUGAAAAUACGUCCCCUGCUCGCGUUUGGCUUCAUAUGCAUCACUCUUCAAAAGCCAUUCGUUUGAAAUACAGUACUUCUUACAUGAAACUGUCUUGUAGAUAUAUUGAACAGAUAUGUAGUAAAGAGCCAGUAGCCUACGAAUAUAUUUUGUAUCAAUUGUUUCUUGAAUAUAUUCGUAGGCUACUGGGCACUGGCUCUUUACUACAUGAAACUGUCUCUCCCACCGCUCAGAGCAUUGACCCUUCUUCUCGUCUUUGUUUCCGUUUCGGUUCUCCCUUUGAGCCCCGACUCCUUAGUCCGUUCACCUGUCUGUUACGACCGUUGAGUUGACGCCUGGCAGGCUGAUAGCCUUCCAGCCCCCAUCGUCUAACGCUGGGUCGUCCAGCGGUCCCGGCUGCUGGCGCCCGGCCCGGAACAAAGCGACCCGUAACCGGGACGAGGUUGGAGUUUCGGGGUCACCCCGCAGAGCUGGGCGAGAGCCAAGGCGACCCCGCUGGGAUCCUUUGCUGAGUCACGUGACCGGUGAACUUGGGCUACUAAGUGCCAAGAAAAGUAGCCAAGCUGUUUUCACCAUUAGAGCGCCCGUUGUUGUUUCUUGCUGCUUCUGCCAAAACUCGCCUCUGGCCCUUUGUUGUUUUUUGUUGAAUGGCUUUUGGCAUUUUGUUUGAUAUUUUAAUGUAUAUCAAAAUAAAAUUCAUGUAAAUUUA